ACAAGUGCUGUCCAAUGAAUCUUUCUAAUAUAAAUUAUUCUAUGAUUCCUUCAAGAUGAGGAAACAGCAUUGUUCAGAAUGGAGUUGACUGUCCCUAAGAGAAGGCAGCACUUUAGAGGUUACCUCUGUGGCUGGCAGCAAAGAGGAGGUCAGAUCUUAAUUUCUGUUACAGGUUAGUGCAUAAAUAUGCAACCUACAAACAGUGAUGAUGGCAUUUGAGGUAUUGCAUUUAACAUUACAGGCAAAAGGACAAGUCGUAUUUUGCAAGGCUGACGUGUGUGGACAGGAUGUUAAAUUUACUUGAUGAGGAUUUUGUUUUGGAGAAAGGCAUAAGCAAAAUGAUAAUAGAUGGGAGAGUAUAACUGUAAGUCAUCUUUAAAGCUGUAUAAGCACCUCUGAGUUUUGAAAAGUGUUUCUGUGCCAUAACCCAUGAUCUGUAUUGUUCUCUAGCUAGUAGGUGGAACUGCUGGAGAAGUCCAGGCAUAACAAUCUGAUAAAUAUCGUAGUGUUGAAUGCUACUCCUAAAUCCUGCUUGGUGUCACAACUUGUGUUUCUUAUACUUGCUGUGGGUGUUUGCUGCUUGACAGGUUCUGGACUUCAGCUCUGGUGACUGGAAUGAAAAGGAGCUUUCUCUUGCUCUCCCACACACUCACUUUUUCCUGUCCUUUCCCCCCUAAUUCACACCCCCAAACACACGUGCAUGAAAUCAGUGAAGUGCUUCUCACUAGUGCUACAUGCUUAUACAUCGCUGAGGAUAAAUCAGCUUCUUUUCACAUUGUCCUCAGGAACAUACUGAGGAGCAAAAUGUUGUAAGCCUGAAUUAGUGGAACAAGCACGGAUCAUGGGAGCAAAGUCCUUGUCACAAGAUCAGCCCUCUUCUCGUCAAUAGGGCUUAACUUGGGCAAUGCGGGUAGAGGCUGAUUUCAAAACAGAAGGAAAAGGAAUAUCCUUGCUCUGUCAGGAUGGGAGGAAAAAUUGAGACUGUCAGAAAAGUGAGAUGAGUUCUGCUCUAGCACAUGUUUCAACAUCCCAUAGCAAAUGUGGAGUAAAACUGAUCUUCUUUGUCAUUUUUGUGCUAUCAUUACGGUUCUGAUAGUACUAGCAAAGUUAUCUUUUGAAUUUCAGUCACUUACUGCUUGCAAGAAAAGAGCUAGAGUAAAGGAGUGAUAGAUGUGUCUCUCUAGGCAUAAGAACUCUGUAAUCAAACAUGCUCUAAGUCACAUUUUAAUUAAAAAAAAACCCAAAAAACCCAAACCACAAAAACUCUAAGCUUAGAUUCUUUCAGAAAUUAUUGUUCUUAAUCCGUUUCUGUCUACAAGCCUUCAUUAUAGUUUCAACAUGUUUUUCUUAUCAGUGUUGAAUAACAGUUACUUCAAGUCUUGACCAAACCUUUAUUCGAAAUUAGGAUAGUUUUUUCCCACAAGGUAUUAUUUAUGAUGUACUAGAACUGUAGCUAAGAUACCCAAGCAUACAAGUUGUCUCAUGUUUGUAAGAUGAAGUGAAUAGCAAGUUUUCCUCUAAAUCUUACAAAGCUAAGAAAAAGUGUUGCUCUGGAAUUACAGAAGACCUGAAAUUCCAGCCCAGAGAGGUCUAGUCCUGAAAAUUCUUAGGAGCUGGUGCUGGAGAGGAGGGGUACAGUAAAGCCAGAGCAGUUAAAACUUUUAAAGGACUUUUGUAUUCUUUUUCCCUUGUCCUUUCUGCUGUCUCUCUGUGUUGCGCAUUGAACUUGGUGUUUCACUAUUCAUAAAUUUCCAGGUACCGUUAAAGAUCUGUCCAGGAGUGAUAUUUAUUUAAGACCAUCUUCUUCCUAAAUCAUCGUAUGCUUGUAGUUAGCAGAAGUAUUCAGUAGGAGAUGAUAGGUGGAAAUGAAUCCUGUGCUGCAGGACCGAUGCCUAUGUCCUACUUAACCUGCCUGACUUACAUACUGGGAGAAUGGACUGGCGUGGAGCAUAUUGAAGAUUAUCUGAGUUAUGCAGUCUACCUUUUAUGGGUGCUUUUUCCACUUUUAGCUGUUUUUCUACUACCAGGAGUUCUCGUCAUCCUCUUCUACACUUCCAUUCUCCUUCUUCAUAUUUAUAAAAGGAAGAAUGAACUAAAGGAAGCUUAUUCCAAUGAUUUUUGGGAUGGCGCAAAACAAAUGCUGGCUACCCUAUGGGAUGGACAUGGAAGAAUAUGGCAUGGUUAUGAACUUCAUGGUGCUGAAAAUAUUCCUGAAGGACCAGGGCUUAUUGUGUUUUAUCAUGGAGCUACUCCUGCAGAUUGUGUCUAUUUCAUGGCUAGACUUCUUAUACAAAAGAAGAGAUACUGCCAUGUAGUAGCUGAUCAUUUCGUCUUUAGAUUACCAGGUUUUAAAAUAUUACUUGAUGUACAUGGAGUUAUGCAUGGACCAAAAGAAGAAUGUGUCAAUGCUCUGAAGAAGGGCUCUCUGAUAGCCAUUGCCCCAGGUGGAGUUCGGGAAGCACUCUUUAGUGACGAAAUGUAUACUAUUAUUUGGGGUAAUCGGAAGGGCUUUGCUCAGGUGGCCAUCGAUGCAAAAGUGCCCAUCAUUCCUAUGUUUACACAAAAUGUUCGAGAAGGCGUUAGGACAUUAGGAGGAAUAAAAAUACUUAGGUCACUAUAUGAACGUAUUAGAUUGCCAAUAGUUCCUGUGUACGGUGGGUUUCCAGUCAAGCUUCGUACAUUUAUUGGAGAACCCAUUCCAUACGAACCAAAUAUAACAGCAGAGGAACUAACUGCAAAGCAACUGGGUUGUGCAUAGAUCUGAAGGUGUGCAGAACACAUCACUUUUUCAAUUUGCUUUGGUUACUCCAUACUCAGUGCUUCAUUUGCAAAGCUCUCCUCACAAGCCAGUGGACGUACAGGUGGACAAGCAUUUAAAACGGAAGGAUGGCUUUUUCUGCUGUCCACAGCAAGGUGAGUCAGAACUUGGCAUGUGGGCAGCUAAGCACCCACAAGUGCCCAAAGCUGCACUUCAAGGAGCAAUGGGAGUAGAGAACUGACCUAAAAAGGCAGCCGAAAAAUCUCAGCCCUUGGAAUGCAUUAAUAAUUCUUUAGUUUCUUAACUCUCAGCAUCUUCUCAUCAUUAAUGGCUACAGGACCAGAUAUUGUCUGACUUUAUUAUUUACACAACAGCAUAGGUAUGUGUAUAUUUGUGUAUGCCUGCUGCCCUGCUUCUUUGGUAUAAAUAAGAGCAGGGAGCCUACUUUGGCUGCUGUUGCAAGGCAAAUAGCAGACCAUUAUUAUUCAGUCCACCUGAGUUUUGCAAAUGUCAAGAUAUUAUUCAUGCUUGCUUUGUCAUUAUUAUGCUUAGUCCUUUUUUAUUAGCUGGUGAACCAAGUAGUUUCUGUAGAUGGGCUGAUUUCUAACAGAUCGCCUCUUCAAACUGUGCAGCAAAACAUGCAUAGCAAAUAAUGAUUUCUGGAGACCAAGCUCCUAAUUGUACUGCUGAUUUCUGUAAGUAUAGGAGCUAAGCCUAUGGGAACAUUUCAUCAAGAAGGAAUUUUCCCACCUCAGAGGAUUUGGGCCCCAUUUCCAAUGUCUAAAAUAGGAGACAGCAUCGAUGUUAGCAGCAUGCUCACAAUGGGGCGAAUGAAGCCAGAAACACUCAGGUUCCGGAGCAGUGUUGACACCUCAACAAAUACUUGCAGUACGGAUAUUCCUGAGCUCCAGAGUGAACUGCAGAGGACUAGCAGGUUUGACAAUUAAGGGAAACUGAUACCCUCAUAUAUAAAGGUGCAAUUUCACCUGUAGAGGGGGAACUGCCUGAAAAAGACUGAAGUUUUUCUAUCAGGGCUGUCCUUCAGAAGGGACUUUAUUUCUUUGCAAGCUGUCCUGUUUUGACAGUCCCUCCACCCUUCCAGGCAGCAUGCCAGGCAAAUGACUGCAGCAGAGACAGGCAGUCAAAGAAAAACACAUGAGCCUGUAGUAUUGGCUCUUUUGGGACAGAAUAAGGACCUGCUUCCAUCAAAUUUAAUCAGAUUCAAUACUCAAGCUGGGAACAGCUACUCCUUUGCAACUGGGGAGAGAAAAAGACAUUUGGCUGUGCAAAGGCUGGCUGUGCAGGGAGAAGGUGGUGGUGAUUCAUCCCAGUAUAAAUGUGCCACUGCUGGGGUGGGGCAGAGUCAAUUUUAAGAGGUGCAGCAAGUGUUGGCAGCUGCGUGAAGUAAAUUAAUAGAUCAAAUGAAGAAAACAUGACUGGCUCCGGUUAACUCACAUGCCCAUGACCCAGAUUCCCCUUCCUGGCAUCCCAUACUGCUCUGUGCAUGUGCAGGGUUUACCUUAUAUUUCAUCAGAACAGCCAAAGGUUUAUUUCUCCAAAGAAUCCACUUGUUUUACAACAGCCCAUCUGGAAUGGAAACGUUUGAUCCUGCACGGGGUGCUGGGCUCUUGUCUUUUUUUCCCCUUUCCAUUACAUACAUUUU